AAUCACGGGCUGAAUGGAAUUCUCAGCUGACAUCGAUGUAUUUUCGAACACGAGCGUGCUAGGGUUUUUCUGAUAUGAAACAUUGCCUUAUUCACAAUUCUCUUAAAUCACAAUUCAGCAAUUCCGAUCAGUGGACAAGAAUGAACUUCCCCAUGUUUCUAUUYAUAUCCAUGCAUGCAUUAAGUGAUUUGUGAUGCAAUAUACGACUUUCAAUUACUUGAAAAGUGAAAGAAUUCUCAUUGYGAMAUGCUUCUACGGUUCGUCAAGUGACUUUGAAGAUAAAAAGAAUUGAUAUAUUCAGUAUUAKUGYUUUGCAAGCAAUGGAGAUGGGUUUGACUAGAGCGUUGCUUUGCAUUUUGUUGCUACAAGGGAAGCUGUGGCUUAUCUCAUGCUCAGCACACUGUUCGUGCUACACGUUUCAUGAUACGAACAAAUACCGCUGGCAAGAAAGCAAAGAAGACUGCAAAACAAGAAAUGGGACAUUAGUGUCCAUGGAAACAGAAGAUGAAUGGAAUUUCAUAACGAGUGAGAUACAGAAAAUAAAUUCUACAGCAAAUGAACACAACGAAUGGCUUAUAGGAUUAAGCAUUGCAAGGAAAGAAUUGGAAAAGUACAGUUCAUUAGAGGACAAACGAAAAGCAGGUUGGACAUGGACAAGUGGACGAAAUUUGACGAUUUUCAGCAAAUGGCAGCCUAAAGAGCCAAAUAAUAAGGGCCCUUAUGAUCGUUAUUGUGCUGCAAUAGCUAAAAAUCAUCCAAAGGGCAAUUAUGGACUUAUCAAAGACGUGAAUUGUGCUUCUACAUUUCCCUACAUUUGUGAAUACGAUGCAGCGACUAAAGUCAAUUCAAGACUCAAUCCAGUUUGCUGGAGUAAUUCAUCAAGCAAUAUUCGUUUGACAUCUUGCUUUCAAGUCAUCUCGCCCACAACUGCAAACUGUUCGUGUUACACGUUUCAUGAUACGAACAGAAACCGCUGGGCAGAAAGCAACCAAGACUGUAAAAUAAGAAAUGGGACAUUGGUAUCCAUGGAAACAGAAAAUGAAUGGAAUUUUAUUACGAGUGAGAUACAGAAAAUAAAUUCUACAGCAAAUAGACACAACCAAUGGCUUAUAGGAUUAACCAUUAAAAGGGAAAAAGUGGAAGAGUACCAGAAAGUAGAGGACAAACGCAAAGCAGGUUGGACAUGGGCAAGUGGACAAAAACUGACGAUUUUCAGCAAAUGGCAGCCUAAAGAGCCAAAUAAUAAGGGCAAUUAUGAUCAAUAUUGUGUUGCAAUAGCUAAAAAUCAUCCAAAGGGCAAUUAUGGACUUAUCAAAGACGUGAAUUGUUUUUCUACAUUUCCCUACAUUUGCGAAUACGAUUCAGGGACCAAAGUCAAAUCAAGACUCAAUCCAGUUUGUUGGAGUAAUUCAUCAAGCAAGAUUCGUUUGACAUCUUGCUUUCAAGUCAUCCCGCCCACAACUGGUAAGAUUCUGGCCGAAACAACUCGCCCAAUACAGACAACACAACUAAAUAACAUGCAACCAACAACAACGGUUAUCACAACCACAACAAGUAAAAUAGAUGUCACGACAACUCUCCCAGUACAAGUAUAUAGUAUUGAACGAACUACCGCAAUUACAACCACGCAAAUGAGUUCGAAAACUACCCCGUCAAAAUUCAAGUCUUUAUGUAAGGAGCCAGUUUCCUCCAAGUACUAUGUUAUAGCCAUUACAGUGCUURCUGUUGUCUUGGUGAUGGUGACCGGUAUACUCGCUGUUGUGUGUUGUAGGAUGAGAAAGAUGAAAGGCAAAUCGUCGCUGAAUCAAAGCUAG